AUGGACGUGUCACGAGAUGUUUGCACACAAAAGCUAUAAGUGCAAUAAGAUUAUUUUAAAUCGCUUUCAAAUUUAACAAGCAAACGGUGGUCAACUUUAGUUUUAACAGAAAAUGACUAAACUGAUUAUUGCGUCUCUCCUAUUUUUAAUUUUAACAGUUGGAAACUCUUUUGGUGAAGAAUGCAAAGAUACAAACGAAUGGUGUCGAUAUCAUACACGUUAUGGUGCUUGUAACUAUAAUGAAUUUACCAAAACUGUUUGCAAGAAAUCAUGUGGUUUAUGUGAUAAUCCAACUUCAAAUGAUGUUUUAAUUGAAGAUUUAAGUGAUGAAAGUGAAUGCAAAGAUACCAACGAAUGGUGUCAUUAUCAUAUUCGUUAUGGUGCUUGUCAUUUUAAUGAGUUUACCAAAACUGCUUGCAAGAAAUCUUGUGGUCUAUGCAAUAAUCCAACAUCAGACGAUGUUUUAGUCAACUUAAGUAAUGAAAGUCGUGAUGGCAAUCUAAGCGAUGAAACGGAUUGUAAGGAUACAAAUGAUUGGUGCCAUUACCUGACUCGUUACGGAGCUUGUAACUUUAACGACUAUACAAAAGAAGUAUGCAAAAAAUCGUGCAAUUUAUGCAAAAGUUAAUUUAUGCAAUAGCAACACAAAAUGUUUUUUAAGUAUUGUCAUUUAGUUGUAUUUUGAUAAAAUAUGAUAAAGUA